CAGAUAUAUCCCUUUCCCAUUAUGAGCGGAUCGAUUGUGCGCGCUCUCGGCUGGGGCGUCGGCAUUGAACAACAAUACAUAGCGGUGAACCCCGCGGGGGACGAGAUUGCAGUCUACCAGACGAACCACAGUGGCCAGGCGGUGCCUGCGACGCCCUCGGACGACGACGACGACGACGGAAUCGUCAAGGUCUAUGCGCGCGGCGGCUUUGAGCACAUCCAGUGUGCCACCUUCUCGCACAAACCUGGGAUACUCGCGGCAGGACAGUCCGACGGGACCAUCAGCGUGUUCGACAUCCGUGUGGCGGACGCGUCGCUCGCGCACCUCAGACCGAAGCAGCAACGUCCGGUAAACUCGCUCUCCUUCAACCAGGCCGGGUUGCUUGCGGUGGGCUUUGACAAGAGUCGCCAUGACUACGGCUUGCAGGUCUGGGAUGUGGAACACUACUCCAGUAGCAGUAACAACUCGCACAUCAACAAGCCAGCAUACACGUACAUCUCAAACGAAGCAGUCCUCUCCACGUGUUUCAUUACGGGAGAGCCAACGAACUUGCUCUGUGGGAGCUACAAGUUUUUGCGCGAGAUGGAUCUCCGCAGCGACGUGCCCGUGUUCCAACUUGCGACACGCAACACACUCGGCAUCACCAUGGAUCCGUUUGUGCCGUAUCACUUUGCGUCGUAUGCUGAAGAUGGUACUUUAUGCAUCUGGGAUCGGCGCAACAUGGGCAGCGUGGUGAAACGGGUCCAGAGUGUUUCCGGGCCACUCGGGCCGAUUACUAGCGACGUCCCGGCGUUGACCUUUAGCAAGCUUCUCGCAGACACCCGCACCAAUCACCGGUCUUGCUUUCGCUACUCGUCUGUGCGGAAGGGUGAGUUCUCCACUUGUUUCAACGGGGAGAUAGUUCGGAGGUGGCAGACCGGCGUGGUACCAGAGAGGGAAGAGUCAAAGGGCAUGGAAACCCACGGCGAGAAUGGUAUAAAGGGCCCAAAAGAGGAGAGGCCAAACAUUGAAAGAGACACCAAGGAGAUUGAAACCGCUCUUUCUGACUUGGAUCUCUCGGAUUCCCUCUUUGUCACCUUUGUCCUCGAUGUCAAAACCGUGUACGAGCGUGUCAUAUCCUUCGACUACAUCCCUGAUCUCGUAAGUGCGACCAAGUGCCAUUUAGUGUGCAUGCGGCAGUCUGGCUCGGUGUACAAGAUGUCAGUGUUGGAGUCACCCGAGUCGAUCCGGUUCAACUCGUUCAAUGAGUUCACAGUCUCGGGACCUGACGGCGUGUUUACUCACUUUGCAAUGGAAGCGCCAAAGCCCGAGCCGGAGGAAUAUGAUCUGGAUGAGGAAUCUGAUGAUGACAAGUCUAGUUUCAAACCGUCAGCGCUCACAAACUUCCUUCGCUACGAAGAGGUGCUCCUGCAGGAUAUCUGUGCAGUGAUGCGCGCGCGCGCGAUGGUGGGGUAUAGCACGGUGCCCGUGACAAACGUGCUGCUCAUGGAGCUGGGUGUGCUUGCGGCCGGCAACUGGGCGAUGCGUAACAGCUGGAAGUGGCUCAUGCUUGCGCAACGCGCGGCCGACAAGGGCAAGAUGCAGGCGGAAGGAUUGGACCUCGGGUAUGAAGGCGUGCUUGGGAUCUGGAGCGGUGUUGCAGGCAUGGGUAACCAGCAGCGCUACCAGCGUGGGUCCGUGGGCGAGAACAUCUUUGUUAAGGCGACACAGUCGCUCGUGGCGUCGCGCAGCGGCAAGCGCUUGCCGACGAUACCCAGCUAUGGAAAUCGUGAGGCCCAGCGCAAAUUGUGCUUGUACGUGGCUGGCUGGGACAUUGAUCGUGCCGAAUUGGAUGAAAAACUCACCAAGUUGAUUGGUCUCGGGAUGUACGAGAAGGCCGCGGGGUUGGCGGUGUUCCACGGAGAUGUGGCUGAAGCGGUGCAUAUUCUUCUGUCAUCGAAGAAGGAACGCUUGCGGAUCAUUUCAACGGCUGUCGCAGGCUAUCAUGCAUACAAGGGAACGCCAGAGAACAGCCCCUGGAAGGACCAGUGCCGGCGGAUGGCGUCGGAGUUGGACGACCCGUAUCUCCGUGCGAUCUUUGCGUUUAUUGCGGAUAACGACUGGUGGGACGUGUUGGACGAGAGUUCGCUUCCUCUCCGCGAGCGACUUGGCGUUGCGCUCCGCUUUUUGAGCGAUAAGGAUCUCACCAUUUACUUGAACCGACUCGCAGACAAAGUAAUUUCACAUGGGAACAUCGAGGGUCUUGUACUCACGGGGAUCACCCCCAAGGGAAUCGACUUGCUCCAGUCAUAUGUCGACCGCACGAGUGAUGUGCAGACGGCCAGUUUAAUCGCGGCUUUCGGGUGUCCGAAAUACUUCCAAGAUGUGCGCGUGGACCACUGGAUAGAUUCGUACUGCACAUUGUUGAAUAGUUGGAGCUUAUUCCACGUGCGUGCAAAGUUUAACGUUGCACGCGCCAAACUAGCGCGCGAUGAGGGUGGCCGUACGCGCGCAAAGGUUGUACCACGCCAGCUCCACUUGCAGUGCAUUCGCUGUAACAAAAACAUCUCGAAGCCCGCUUUGGUACGCGCAGGUACGGGUCUCAAGCCCAAGGCACGCGAUCCUAACAAGGGCUGUCCGCACUGUGGUGCGCCUUUGCCGCGCUGUGCCAUCUGCUUGUUGUCUUUGGGUAUGCCAAUCCCACUAGAUGUGACCUUGCGGGUGAACCCUCGCCAGGAGCCGGCUGAACGCGCGUUUAAGGAAUGGUUUAGUUUCUGUUUGGCGUGUAACCAUGGCAUGCAUGCGGGACAUGCGGAGGAGUGGUUUGCGAAGCAUUAUGUGUGCCCAGUAGCGGAUUGCAGUUGCAAGUGUAAUAGCAAGUAACGUGGCAGAACGGGGUUUUUGCAGUGGGUUUAAAGCCUGUAAAACGUUCCGAGUCUGCGAAGCCUUUAGGGGCUUGUGAAACACGUUUCUGAUAUUGACGCAACUUUUGACGACCUGGGGCACUGAGGUCCCAAACUUUCUGGCAAACCCAUCCAGUGUGUCCAGGGGAAAGAUAUACCUCAGAUAACAAGCACGAAAAGUGGCCAAACUGCGUGGUGAGAACGUGAAGGCGCCUCGCUAGAAGUGACUGAGAAGCAACCUAAUGGAAAUAAAAUGGAAAG